AUGGCCCUCUUCACGGCCCCUCCUGCGCCUGUCGCGGCGCCCACUAGCGCUCCGAUUCAACAUGUGAUCGCAGGCGACACCAGACAGUCGCAGGGAUACAACAUUCAGACCCGUUAUGCCAAGAAGGUGUUCCAGCUCACCGACAAGGUCGUUCUUGCGACGAACGGCUUCGCGGCUGAUGGUAACAACUUCUACAAGCGCGUGAAGCAGCGGCUGGAGUGGUACGAGGCGAACCACCACAAGCAGAUGUCGAUCAAGUCGAUUGCGCGCAUGAUCCAGACGAUGCUGUACGGACGCCGAUUCUUCCCGUACUACGUGUACAACAUUCUCGGCGGAAUCGAGGAGGACGGCACUGGCGCGGUCUACUCUUUCGACCCCGUCGGUUCGUACGAGCGUGAGGCGUGUCGUGCCGCCGGUGCCGCGCAGAGUCUGAUCCAGCCCUUCCUCGACAACCAGAUCUACUUCAGGAACCAAACGUUCCCUCCCGGAGUUCCCCGCCCCAUCCCCGGCAACCUCCCUCUCGGCACCGUCAUCUCCAUCGUCCUCGACUCCUUCACGAGCGCGACGGAACGUCACAUCGAGGUCGGAGACAGCCUGGAGAUGUACAUUGUCAUGAACAAGGGCAGGAAGACGGAUGAUCUCCUCGGAGGAGAGUUCAAGCUCCCCGAGGGAGUUGAGAUCAACGAGGUCCCGCCCCUCGGAGACGGAAGGGGAGAGCGCACCUUCCUUCUCGUUGCCCCUCUGAAGCGCGACUAG